AUGAUUUUCAUAUUUAAGGAGAGCUUCGAGUCCACAGGAGAUAAGCGAGCACUCUCAUCGUUCGACACACUGGGUGGUAUCGGCCUCGGAAAACGUGCACAACUCAGCUCAAUUGACUCACUUGGUGGACUAGGAAUCGGCCUCGGAAAAAGGGACAGUAUGUUGGCCGAAGAGAAGAAAUCAGUGAGCAGCUUCGACACUCUGGCCGGCAUAGGCCUUGGGAAAAGGGCAGGACUUUACUCAGCGUACUAUUUCUUCCCCCAACGAGCUUACUUGGACAGCAUGGAGAGCCAGUACCGGAACGAACAAGACUAG